AUGGCUGAAGUUGAUGCUACAAACAAUGAAAAAAAUUUUGCAAGUGCAGAGCAAAGCGAUAUUGCUGAUAUUCCUCUAGAGAAAAGAGGCCCAGCAGAGGGAUCUGACAGAGAAGGUGAAAUUAGUCGUGAGGUUCUGGAAAUACUAUUUGGAACGGAUAUUGAAAAUGCUGCAAAGAUUCUUUGCGCUUCUUGUGAUUGUAAAAGGUUCUCUUCUCUUUAUUUGUUUGUUUUGCAGUUAGCCGAUCUACAUUUAAGCCUUGAAUCUAUUCGAGGCGCUAACAAACAAACCGGAGAAUCUAGUCGGAGAGACUGUCUGCCUUGUGAUAAGGCUCCUAAGCAAGCCACAACUUCUAUUGCUUCCACAAUGCCACAUGCUUCAGCAAAGCAAAAUGAGAGCUCUGUGACCAUUAAGGCAACAUAUGGGGACGACAUUAUCAAGUUUCAACUCUCUUUUUCGUCAGGAAUGGUGGAGUUAGAGGAGAUAGUGGCAAAAAGGCUAAACUCAAAGGCUGGAAGUUUCAAAAUCAAGUAUGCAGAUGAAGAUGAUGAUUCGAUUUUAGUGUCCUGUGAUGAAGCCUUGCAGGAUUGCAUAAAUAGUUGGAGAUCAUCGGACAGGACUACAGUCAAAAUGUUGGUUCUGCCAAUUAUCAAUUAA